AUGAGCCGGGUUGAGCACCUCCCGUUUGGACUCGAGAUUGUCUACGAGAGCCUUGCUGGCAAGGGUUACCCUUUUGAAUUGAAUUUCCAAUAUGGAAAUCUCCCCAAUGAAGCAACCGUCAUCCCCGAGCUGGAAGCAGAGCGAGAGCGAGAGCGAGAAUCUCCCUGA